UGGCGACUCUCUUUUGUUUGAUUUCUGAAGGUUAUGAAUGUGAGGAAUUUUGAGUCAGCGCGUCUAUGCAGGGAAGAGUGACGGAGAGCAGAGGAGGUUGAGAAGUGAGAUAUUUCCUGUGUAUUUCGCCCGCCAUGGCCAACACAUCCGCUUUACAGAAAGCGAUAGACCUGGUGACGAAGGCAACAGAGGAGGACAAGGGGAAGAAUUAUGCCGAGGCGCUGCGUCUGUACGAGUCUGCCGUCGAGUACUUUCUGCACGCCAUGAAGUAUGAAGUGCCCAACGAGCGAGCUAAGGAGAGCAUCCGGGCUAAGUGCAAGCAGUACCUGGACCGAGCCGAGAAGCUCAAGGAAUACAUAGAGAAGAACAAGGACAAGAAGAAACCAAUGAAGGCUGGAGCUGGCAAUGCUGGGAAGAAGGGCGGAGGCAGUGGCAGCAAGGACUCUGAUUCAGACGAUGAGGACCCAACCAGGAAGAAGAUGGAGGCUAAGAUGGAGGGGGCAAUUGUAGCAGAGAAGCCCAAUGUCCGAUGGGAUGACGUGGCAGGGCUGGAGGGAGCCAAGAGUGCUCUGAAGGAAGCUGUUAUUCUGCCCAUCAAAUUUCCACACAUGUUCACUGGCAAGAGACAGGCGUGGAGGGGUAUUCUGCUCUUUGGCCCCCCAGGUACAGGCAAGACUUAUUUAGCGAAAGCCGUGGCAACAGAAGCGAACAACUCCACUUUCUUCAGCGUGUCCUCCGCCGACCUUGUCUCGAAGUGGAUGGGAGAGUCAGAGCAGCACGUCAAGGCUCUGUUCUCCAUGGCCCGGGAACACAAGCCUUCUAUAAUCUUCAUUGAUGAGGUCGACUCUCUCUGUGCCUCACGUUCUGAGCAAGAGUCGGAGUCUGCCAGAAGAAUUAAGACUGAGUUCCUGGUCCAGAUGCAAGGCGUGGGGAACCAGAAUGACAGUGUGCUGGUGCUGGGAGCCACAAACAUCCCUUGGGUAUUGGACUCUGCCAUCAGGAGGAGGUUUGAGAAGCGUAUCUACAUCCCCCUCCCUGAAUCCAACGCCAGGACCAGCAUGUUCAAACUUAACCUCGGGGAUACACCACACAGCCUCUCUGAGGAUGACUUCAGGCUGCUGGGAUCCAAAACUGACGGGUACUCAGGUGCAGACAUCAGCAUUGUGGUGCGGGAUGCGUUGAUGCAGCCGGUGCGCAAGGUUCAGACCGCCACACACUUCAAGUACGUCAGGGGGCCCUCCAGGGACGACCCCAAUGUUAGCGUGGACGACCUGCUCACCCCUUGUUCUCCCGGUGAGCCAGGGGCCAUGGAGAUGACUUGGGAGCAAGUGCCCAGCGAUAGACUCUUCGAACCGGUUGUUUCCAUGCGUGACGUGAUGCGCUCGCUGGCAGACUCCAAGCCAUCAGUGAACGACGAGGACCUGGAUAAGCUUCGCAAGUUUACUGAGGACUUUGGGCAAGAGGGCUAAGGAGCUGAGAAGGUCACAUCAUACUAAGCUGUUUGUUGGACCUGUACACUGCAUGAGUCGCCCACCAGUAUACACACACACACACACACACACACACACACACACACACACACACACACACACACACACAAUGUUACAUAUUUAAAAAGUGUCAUUGUUUUAUUUUGGGGGGCAUUUUAAAAGAAUUGAACUUCUUUUUUCACUACAGGAGGUUGAGAAAAUAAUGAAACACACACACACACACACACUUGUAUUCUCAGCGUACACAGAUAAAACGUAUGAUUUUUUUAAUGAAUCGUGGUAGUUUAUUGUCUGAAGCAGAACUAAAAGAAGCUUAAUUCAUUCGUUUUAAUGCAAAAUAAAACACACGUAAACCUCACAAAAAAA